AUGCAAACAAUACAGGGCAUGCUGGACUCCCGGAAAAGCAUCGACAGCUUGCAGGGCAGCCCUGAGCAACAGCAGAACCACAGCCGAUAUACCUUUGGCCCUCUGCGUUGCAAAGACUCUUGUCCUGAUGGAUAUUUCUGUUGUCGUUUCAGUUGUUCAGUGCCCUGUUACAAGAAACACAAAGAAGAGUGCGCACCCAGAGAGGAUCCAGCCGCUGGGCCUGCAAAUACAGAAGCUUCCUGGGCCAUUCAAAGAGAGAAAUCACGGAGGGCUGAAGGCAGUCCUUGGUCUGUGGAUGACAUUUUGACCGAAGAUGACGAAGACGAUAGAGUGCCUCUCCAGAAACUCCAGCUGUUGGAGGAAUCAGAAGAGCUCCGAGGGAUUCUCUUGAAUCCUCACCUCCGCCCGCUGCUGCUUACCAUUGACCAAGCUGAAGACAAGAGCGCUCUCCUGAGAAAAUACAUGCAAGAGCCUGUUUUUGUGGAGUUUGCAGACUGUUGCUUAAGGAUUGUCGAGCCAGCAGUGAAGGAGAACGAAAUUCCAGAGUGAAGCCUAGGCGUGAGUAGAGCAGUGUUUCUCAACCUUGGCAACUUUAAGACGGGUGGACUUCAACUCCCA